CAGUUGUCUAUCAAUUUUCUUUCUGAUUAUAUUUUUCCCUCUAAAUAAGCAUCUCUCUAAGAAAAUAAACAAUUUUUCGUCAAAGUGAUUAGUGAAUUUUUCUUUUCGUAUUUUCGAAAAAUGAUUGCAGUAUUAUUAUUAUUUAUUGCUUUCGCUUUAAUUAUUUAUCAUUAUCACACGCAUUAUGGUAAAUGUGGAAAACUUAUUAAUUUAAUUCCAGGACCAGGGAUUACUCCAAUUUUUGGAAAUGUCCUACAGUAUAAUCUUCCUAAUGACGAAUUGUGGACUUCACAGAGAAAAGUGAAUGCACAAUAUUAUCCAAUUGUGCGGCUAUGGUUGGCGAGCAUUCCGGUUAUAAAUGUAUUUCAUCCAGACGAUGUGAGAUUGCUACUCACCAAUACUACGAACAUUGAAAAAAAUUUAAUGUACAAUUUUUUACAACCUUGGUUGGGAACUGGUCUUCUAACAAGUGCAGGUGCAAAAUGGCAACAUCGUCGAAAAAUGUUAACUCCAGCCUUUCAUUUCAAUAUUCUACAAGAUUUUACUGAUAUUUUUGUUGAGAAUGCACAAAAAUUAGUUGAGAGUUUAAAAUCAAAGGAAGGUGUUACAAAGGAUAUUGUUCCACUCUUCAAAAUACAUACCUUAAAAAUCAUAUGUGAGACUGCAAUGGGUAUACAAUUGGACAAAGUAGGCGAUGAAAAACAGUAUGCAAAUGCCAUUCGGGAAUUAGGUAGUAUUCUUUUUUACAGAACACCUAAACCAUGGUUUCACAUUGAUUGGAUAUUUAGUUUAUCACCGAAAGGACAGAUUCAGAAGAAAUGUUUAAAGACAUUACAUGAUUUUACAACAAAAAUUAUUGAGGAGCGGAGGAAGUACCUAAAAAGUAAUUUAAACGGAAAAGAAGAUAGUUUAAAGAAGAACGGUCACGUGGAGGACGAUGUUGGUAUUCGCAAAAAACGAACGGCGAUGUUAGAUAUUCUGAUAAAAUCUGCAGAAGAGAAUGAAAUAGACGACGAUGGAAUUAGAGAGGAAGUUGAUACAUUUGUCUUUGAAGGUCAUGACACCACGGCAAUGGCUUUUAUUUUCACAGUCGCUCUUUUGGCGGAACAUCCAGAAAUUCAGGAUCUAGCCAGAAAGGAAGUAACGGAACUAUUCAAAAAAUCCAAUGGCAAAAUAGGAAUAAAAGAAAUUAAUUCUUUAGACUAUCUUGAUAGAUGUGUAAAAGAAAGUUUACGUUUGUAUCCAAGUGUUGCGACCAUUGGUCGAGCAGUGACUGAAGAUCAACAAUUAAAAAAUUAUCUAAUUCCUGCAGGAUCUAUGAUUAAUAUUCACAUUUUCGAUUUACAUAGAGAUCCAAAUUAUUGGCCUAAUCCACUUGUUUUUGAUCCAGAUAGAUUUUUACCAAAUAAUGUACAAAAUAGACAUCCGUUUGCUUAUGUGCCAUUUAGCGCAGGUUCUCGUAAUUGUAUAGGACAAAAAUUCGCAACAUUAGAACUAAAGGUGUUGAUAUCGCAUUUAUUGGAAAAUUUUAAAAUGUCCACGAAUGCCAUAACAAAUGAAAUUAAACUUAUUCAGGACUUGGUUAUCACUCCAGCGGAACCUAUACGAGUGAAGUUUACCUCAAUACGAGUCGCACUUGUGAACGGAACAUGCUUAUCAUUUUGUAUCACAGGCGCUUACGAAAUGCAGUUCACAACACUCGCAUUAUUACCAGCGUCACAGACGAUAGUAAGAUGCGUAUAUGAACUGACUCAUCUGCACCACAAAUUCAUAAUCGACAUUUUUUUUUUAAAUAUGAUACUAUUCUUUUUAAUCCUAAUUUUCGGACUACUAACUAUCUAUCAUCUAACUGUACAUUAUGGAAAAUGUGGAAGACUCAUUAACAAAAUUCCAGGACCCAAAAAUCUACCAAUUUUUGGUAGCGUCUUUGGUUACAUGGUACCAACAGAUGAAUUAUGGAUAGCUCACAGAAAAAUUAACGCGACGUAUUAUCCAAUCAAUAAAGUUUGGCUUGGAAGCACUCCAGUUAUAAGUAUUUACCAUCCAGACGAUGUUCAGAUAUUGCUCAGUAGUUUUAAACAUACAGAAAAAAGUAUGUUGUAUAAAUUUUUACAUCCUUGGUUAGGAUCUGGAUUACUCACCAGUUCGGGUAUCAAGUGGCAAAGACGAAGAAAAUUGUUGACACCAGCUUUUCAUUUUGAAAUUUUACGAGGUUUCAUUCACGUCUUUAACAAGCAGGGGGAAAUUUUAAUAAACCGACUAAAACAACAAGGCGAAGAAGUGAUUCAGAAUAUUGUACCAAUUUUCACCGAAUGUACGUUAAAUUCAAUUUUAGAAACAGCAAUGGGCACAACAUUAGAUGAAAAAAGUACAAGAAAUUUAUAUGGAUCGGCAAUUCGACAAAUUUCUGACAAUUUAUUUUUUCGAGCUUUAAGACCAUGGCUUCAUUUAAAUAAAAUUUUUAACAUUACUCCAACGGGAAUGAAGCAACAAAAAUUAAUUAAUAUACUACAUGGAUUUUCUAAUCAAAUUAUUAAAAAUCGAAAAAAAGAUAAAGAACGUAUUUCGAGAAUGAAUGAUGAUAAAUCUUUUGCAGAUGCUAAAAAUUCGGAAUAUAAAAUGGCACUGCUUGAUAUUCUGAUAAAAGCUGCGGAAAAAAAUCCUGACGUUGAUGAUGUUGCUAUUAGAGAAGAAGUGGAUACAUUUGUCUUUGAGGGUCAUGAUACAACAGCAAUGGGGACUUGUUUUACAAUAUUACUUUUAGCUGAACAUAAAGAAAUCCAGAAAAUAGCAAGACAGGAAGUUUGUGAAAUUUUCAAUGAAUGUUGCGGAAAAAUUGGCAUGAAGGAAAUUAAUCAAUUUACAUAUCUCGAUCGUUGUGUGAAAGAAGCACUUCGUUUAUUUCCAGGUGUUCCUGGUAUAGCACGAGUUCUUCAUGAAGAUCUUCAACUCAAAAAUUAUCUAGCCCCAGCUGGAACAAAUAUUCACUUGCAUAUAUUUGAUCUUCAUCGAGAUGAAAAUUUUUGGCCAGAUCCACUUGUUUUUGAUCCAAAUCGAUUUUUACCGGAAAAUGUACAAAGAAGACAUUCAUUUUCCUAUGUUCCAUUUAGUGCCGGUCCUCGAAAUUGUAUAGGUCAGAAAUUUGCCAUGAUGGAAAUAAAAGUUCUUGUUGCAAAUCUACUUUUUAAUUUUGACAUGGAAACACUGGACUCAUUUCAAAAUAUUAAACUUCUUCAAGAUAUUAUAAUUAGACCAGGUCAACCGAUACGAGUCAAAUUCGUUCAAAGGAGUCUUCCAAUUUUAUAAUCUUAUAUUACUAUUUUCAUAACAAUAUAAAGCUACCUGUAUGACAUAAGUGAGACAAAAAAUAUUUUAUAAAAAAUAAAUAAUAUUUUGAUUUCCAUAAAUAA